AUGAAGAGCCAGAGAAGAAACUUAGCCACCCUGAGUUUGAUGAUAAUUACGGUUUUGUCAUGGUCGAGGAUUGUGGCCGGACAAGAAGCACUAUUAGGAAAGAAAGUAAUGCCGUUGUGCCACAGAGAAUGUAUGCCAAUAUGCAUGAAAGUGACCGACGCAACGCAAGAGGUUUGCGACCCUGCAUGCCAAGCGGGCUGUCUCCAACUUCAAGGUCGAGGCACCGGACUUUCAGCCACCGAUCUAUUAAGGAAAGAGUAA